AUGGCUUCCAGUCUAGACCUGAUCGCGGGUCUGCUUAACCAGACGUUGAACGCGCAGACCCAUCGCGAGGCUGAGAACAAGCUGAAAGAGGAGGCCAAGAAGCCUCAAUACUCGCUCUCUCUCCUCAAGAUCGUCAGCAAUGCCGCGUUCCAAACAAACACCCGUCUGGCCGCCGCUUUGGCCUUUAAAAACUUCAUCCGUCACAACUAUGUGGACGAAGAAGGCAACUACAAGCUUCCUUUGGACGAGGUUCAGACCAUCAAGCAAGAACUGGUCGGCCUGAUGAUCUCGUCCCCGCCAUCAAUACAGACCCAGCUUGGCGAGGCCAUCAGCAUCAUUGCCGAUUCUGACUUCUGGGAGCGCUGGGACACACUGGUCCAGGACCUUGUCAGCCGUCUUUCCGACACCGACUACAAGGUUACCAACGGUGUGCUGGAAGUUGCCCACUCUAUCUUUGUCCGGUGGCGGCCACUGUUCCAAUCCAACGACCUCAACCGCGAAAUUCUCCAUGUCGUGGAACAUUUCGGCGAACCGUUUAUCAAGCUGCUGGAUCUCGCAGACCGGCAAAUCCAAGCAAACGGGACCAAUGUAGCAGCGCUCAAGGGCUGGCUUGAGACGAUGAGCCUGCUUGUCCGACUCUUGUACGACCUGUCUUGCCAGGACCUUCCUCCUGUCAUUGAAACCCACCUACAGCCCAUCAGCCUACUUCUGCACAAGUACCUUGUCUACAAAUACCAGACAGAUGAAUUCGAUGACGAAGAGGAUACAGCGACCCCGCUCGAGACCCUCAAGGCCGACAUCUGUGAUGUUCUCCAGCUUUUCACCAACAAGUACGACGAGGAUUUCGGUCAUCUCGUUCCUGAGUUUGCGAAUGACGUUUGGGGCCUGGUUUCAAACCUCGAUGAGAAGACGAGAUAUGACAUCCUGGCUUGCAAGGGCAUGCAGUUCCUGACUGCUGUUGCCUCGGUGCGGCGCCACGCCGAGGCUUUCAACAACCACUCGAUCCUGAAUGAGAUCGUGCUCAAAGUUGUGAUUCCCAAUGUGAAGUUGAGGGAGUCCGAUCUCGACAUGUUCGCGGAGGAGCCGAUUGAAUUCAUCCGCCGCGAUCUGGAAGGCUCGGAUUCUGACUCCAGGAGGAGGGCAGCAACCGACUUCCUGCGCAAGCUUCUCGAAAACUUCGAGGACCUGGUCACUCAAGUUGUUUUCGUGCACAUCAAUCAAUACUUGGAGAAGGGCAGGACCGACUUCAAGGACAAGGACACUGCUGUUUAUCUCUUCCUGGCCAUUGCUGCCAAGGGUGCGGUCACUGCUUCUCAUGGCGUCAAGACGGUCAACAGCCAUGUCGACAUUGUCCAGUUCUUCGAGCAGCAUAUUGCUGCUGAUCUGCUGGCUAACACCCAGCAUGCCAUUUCCAAGGUUGAUGCUAUCAAGUACCUCUAUACUUUCCGCAGCCAGCUUAAUAAGGCUCAGUGGACUGCUGCGAUGCAGCCUCUCAUUCAGAAUCUUGCUUCAGACAACUACGUUGUCUACACUUAUGCUGCCAUUGCCGUCGAGCGAGUGCUCUUCCUCACGGAUGAACAAGGCCAGCACCUAUUCCCUCGUAGUGACAUCCAGCCUUUUGCCAAGGAUCUCCUUGAGCACCUGUUCAAGCUGAUCGAGAAGGACACCUCAGCUCCCAAGCUACAGGAAAACGAGUUCUUGAUGAGGUGCAUCAUGAGGGUCCUGAUUGUCAUGAAGGAUGGCAUCAUCGACUCUGGUAUCGAGAGCGUGCUCAACCAUCUCAUCCAGAUCACCAAUGUCAUCCGGGAGAACCCGAGCAACCCACGCUUCUACUACUACCACUUUGAGGCUAUCGGCGCCCUUGUUAGCAAUUCCCCUAGGGUGGAUCUGCUGGCCCAUCUCUGGGAGCCCUUCAGCUACAUCCUCGACAAGGAUAUCUCCGAAUUCGUCCCCUUCGUGUUCCAGAUCUUUGCUCUCCUGCUUGAGCUCAACCCGUCUGGCCAUGUGCCUGGGACCUUCAAGGUCAUCAUCCAGAACAUCCUAGCUCCCAACUGGUGGGAGCAAAGGGGCAAUGUACCGCCUCUGAGCCGAUUCAUCGCCGCCGUUAUUCCGAGGGCUGCUGAGGAGAUCAAGGCCGGCGGCAAGCUUGAGACAUUCCUUGGCAUCUUCCAGCGUCUGCUGAACGGCAAAAAGACAGAGCAGAACGCCUUUGAUGUUCUCGAAGCCAUCGUCGGCACCUUCGACGGCGAGAUCCUCGAGCCCUGGUUCAAAGAAAUCAUCGCUCUGGUCUUUACCCGCCUGCAGGCCAACCCAACUGAUUCUCUCAAGCAGCGUGUCGCCCGCUUCUACCACCUCGUCUCGGCCCGUGGCAUCGAGGCCAAGAUGGGUGCGGACUACUUCAUCCGGCACGCCGAGUCCAUCCAGGCUAACGUCUUCACUCCCUUCUACCUGACUGUCAUCCUGCCCACCACCGGCCAGUUCGCUCGCCCUGUCGACCGCAAGCUGGGCGUCAUCUCUUACUCCAAGACCCUCGGGGAUUCCGAAGCCUUCGCCAACCGCUACCAGAAAGGUUGGGGCUUCACCUGCAACCACUUGCUUGAUCUGCUCAAGAACCCGCCGCGCGUCACGGCCGGAUUUGGUGAUGAGAUUGUUAACGAGGCGGAUGUUGAUGACAUCGGCUUUGGCGUCGGCUUUACCCCGCUGAAUACCUGCAAACGUGGCCCACGCGACGAUUUCCCCGAUGUGUUGGAGGUCGAAAAGUGGGUUAGUGCUUAUCUGAAGGACGCGAAUGUUCGUCAUGGCGGGAAGAUCGCUGGGUUUGUGGAAAGCAGGCUUACGCCGGAAGCGAAGGCGGCUUUGGUGCCGUACCUGGCUUGA